AUGUCAUGGACAAUCAAGCUGUAUCAAUACUUUGGCUUGAAGUCCUUUACUCCAUUUCUUUCUUUCAUGGUUCCAUACCUUGUAGAACAGAAGGGAUUCCAUAAUAGAGAGCUUCAUAAUAACUUUAGCCCACUCUUUUUUAUGUCCUCCAUUGUUGUUUCUCUCUUCUCGUUUCUGAUAAUCGAGCUUCUAGGAAACAAAAUGAGCCUCUUUGUCGACACGUUUAUCGAGAUACUUGUGUACCUGAUAUUUAUGUUCAUGCCGUUCAAAAAUACCUUUCUGACAAAAACUGUCUAUGUGCUUCAUGGGGCAACAACGUCCUUUGGGGUUGUGAUGAAGUCGAUUCUCAACUCUACUGCUGAAGAAAAAGAAGACAAAAAAGUGAUUCUAUCAACGGCAAUUAAUAUCAAAACAUCCGUAGGUGUUAUUUCAUCAUGGAUUGGCCAGGAUAUCAUAAUGUGUGGGGGAAACCACUUUGUAAACAUAUCUAUUUCUCUUCUUGGACUAUCUCUUGCUCUGUUGACUGUACUGCUACUUCCUGCCACUUCCCCAAGUAAAAAAGAAGAGAAAUUCAUAGAUUACAUGUGGAACCCUAUGGAUGCAUGGAAAAAGAUCAAGGACACUUACAAGUCCCACGUAGUCCUUGUGUCCUUACUCUCGUCAUCUGCAAGCAUUCUUUACAUAUGCCUUUCCUUUUACUCGGCAGGAAUAUUCCUUGAGAAAAGGAAGAAUGGAAUGGAAAACAGCAUUAAGGUCAACAAAAUGCUGUUUUUUGUGGCAAAGCCUGUGCGACUUGUCUCCUAUGCAUUAAUUAAGAUAUUCUCCAAUUUUGACAACUCGAUAUCUUACCACUCAAAUCCAGUCAAGCCCGUCAUUAUUCACGGAUAUAUCGAAGGAUGCUCAAAGAUACUUUCUUCUUUUGCCGGGUUGCAGAUAUCAAGGUUCGUACCAGAAAAUAGAUGUGUUUCCUUAGCAUUUUUAACAUCGAUAACCACAGUGGCAUUCACAUAUCUCUUAGGAGCAUCAAAUUCUAUGCCAUACUCAUAUCUGUUUUAUAUUCUAGCCUCGUUGUCUUCAUCCUUAUGCAAAACAGUAUCAAAUAUCGGGCUGCAAAGCGUAUGCGAAGGAUCUGGAUACAAGUUUGUUCUUGGAUUCAAUUUAUUUGUAUCAUCAAUUAUACACAUAUCAAUCACUCACUAUUCGAAGGCUUACAAUCUAAGCGUCAAGUCGAAGCUGAUGUCAUACUUCUAUGUUAAUACCUUGUUUAUUACUGCUGCAUUUGCCAUGUACCUUCUGAGUAGGGGGAGCACAACUAUAGACGGAUGA